AUGAUCGAUCGUUAUGAAGGUUUCAAUGAUUAUAACUAUGCAUACGAUGCUCAGAAUGUUCUUGAAGAUCAAGUUUUUCAACAGGCCGUGGCUAGAUCAAGUUACGGAAGAAGACCGAGAACUUCAUCAGCCCAACUUGGGAAUAUCCAUAUGAAGGCUCUCUCAACUCCGAUUAGUCAGAGAGUUUUCGGAAGUGGAAUGGUGCAGUCACCUCUUGCAUUACACUGUGGAGCCGAACCAAGUAGACCCAUAACAGCUAUUCGAGGUGCUGGAUAUACCUCUUCUGCUCAAGGGACAUUCAAUCCACUAAAAAUGACAAUAAUGGAAAAGACAGCAGAAGUAAGUGAUGAAGAAAAGUGUCGCCAAAUGGAAAAAAAAGUGAAUGAACUGCUCAAGGACAGUAUUUUUGCUUGGGAAAAAGGAGAUAUGAAAAAGGCACUUGAAAAAGCCAAAGAGGCUGGUCGGCGUGAACGGGCGGUUGUAAAAAUACGUGAGCAACUAUCUAGUACAGAACAUCUCAAUUUAGAUCUUACCUUCACUGUUCUGUUCAAUUUAGCUCAUCAGUACAUGGCAAACAGUCUUCUGACGGAAGCGCUCAUUACUUAUCAAGUGGUUGUGAGGAAUAAAAUGUUUUCUAACGCAAGUCGUCUGAAAGCAAAUAUGGCAAAUGUUUAUUUCAAAAAAAAGGAAUAUAAAAAAGCAAUCAAAUUCUACCAAAUAGCUUUAGAUCAUAUACCGAGCUCUCAGAAGCACACAAGGGCAAAAAUUAUGAAUAAUAUUGGAGUUGCAUUUGUAAAAUGUGGUGAAUACGAAGAAGCAAGCAGUAUAUUUGAGCACUGCAUGGAUGAAAAAGGUAACUACAAAACGGCAUUAAAUUCCAUCCUAACAGCAUUCUGCCUGAACGAUGUGGAUAAAAUGAAGGAUGGCUUUCAGCGAUUGCUGGAUAUACCUCUUCUUGUUGAUGACGAAGCAAAGUAUAUUGUAAGUUUAUUUUUUUUCAUCCAUAAAAAGUAUCUCAUCACUGCUUAUUUUUUAUGAAC